CUUUUUGUCACAAUGCUCUGUACCAACUGUAGCCAGAUUUUUGCAGAGCUUCGCCUCGAGAUACCAAGGAAUCACCCAUCCACCCUAAAAGAUGUCCAGGUAGCAGCAUCGAAGUCCUGCGCGAUCUGCACAGAACUAUGGGACUUAUUUUGCCGCCAACAACGGCCACUGAUACCCAGUCCUGCACCCUCUUCGAAGCCUGUCUCAAGAUAUUGGAUCGACAAACGUGGACAACAUUACACCUUGACUUUCAUGGCGAACGCUCUUGGAGUCGAUACGCAGGGACCGAAGGGCUUAUCGGACGUUAUUCAGCUAUUUGUGCUACAUAGGGUGAAAGAUGCUGAACUUCUACCGAAAUACACACCACCGGAAACUCUUGACCUUGAAACUUUUCAACCUCUUGCACGGCAUUGUUUAUCCCGCUGCCUCUCAAUGCACUCAAAAUGUAACUCCACCAAUCCAUCGCGCUCUCAGCUCCCCAUGCCCACACGCCUCGUUCGCAUUGGCGCACCAACGUAUGACCAAAUCCAAGUAGUGGCUCAUUCUCAUUUCGAUUCUACUCCGGCUUCAAUCCCUUAUGUGACACUCAGUCAUUGCUGGGGCUCAAUACCCAUCUUCACGUUAACAUCCACAUCCCAUCACGAACUUCAGUCCGGAGUUCAGAUGUCGCGCCUUAGCAAAACAUUCCAAGACGCACUUGCCGUAACCAGAGCUCUGGGCUACCAGUUCAUGUGGAUAGACUCCUUGUGUAUAAUCCAAGAUUCGAUGGAUGAUUGGAACCAUGAAGCACCGCUGAUGCAGAACGUCUAUCGCGGAGCGGUUUUCAACAUUGCGGCGACGGCCAGUGCGAACGGUGAUGGAGGAUUGUUUCGCUCGCGAGAUGUGCGAUCUCUCGAGCGAACACUGGUCAGCUUCACAUGUGAAGAUGGAAGCAGCCAAGUCUAUCGGCUAAUAUCCAAUGAGUUCUGGCGCAAAAGUUUCGAGGGACAACCGUUGAUGGAGCGCGGCUGGGUUGUGCAAGAAUUACUUUUGGCGCCCAGGGUACUGCAUUUCAACGAGGGUCAGAUGUUUUGGCACUGCUACGACGUCGCGUCGUGCGAGACGUUUCCAGAGGGUGUCCAUACUGCCAUUCCCGUCGGGGAUAAUUCUCCAAGUUUCAUCCUGGCGUGCCUGGAUAUCCCGGCCUCUGUCCAUGAUGACCCGUCGUCUGGUAACAAAAAGCUAGCCUUAGAUCUUUGGGAAAGAGUCGUCUGUUAUUACACAAGAUGCAAACUAAGCUACUUGGAAGACAAACUCGUAGCUGUGGCCGGCAUCGCUAGGCUUGUCCAAAAAGCUAUCUGCGACGAGUACUGCGCAGGUCUAUGGGCAGAAUUUCUCCCGACCCAGCUCCUCUGGAAGAGCCGCUCUGUCAAUCCCCAAUCGCAGGUUUAUCGAGCCCCAUCUUGGUCGUGGGCGAGCGUAGACACCGGGGUGAUGUAUGGAUGCGAACCCCUGUCGGAGUCGAAUUCCAAGUACCUUAAGAUAUUGGUUAACAUUAUAAAUCAUGAAGUCGUGACUGCUACUCAAGACCCUUUUUCGAAGGUGAUAGGUGGCACUAUUCGACUCUCAGGACACCUUUUUACCAUGGUGCUACGACCUUCGAAGGCGGGCGAGUGGAAUGUCUCGAUAGAUGGGAAGGAGUUCGAUUCAACGGGACAGAUUGUACUUGAUUACCAGCCUCCAAGCCCUGAACUUCAUUGUCUACCAAUAUCAGCCAAUCUAUACUUCACUCCGGACGUUUCCUGUCUUCUACUUGUCCCCACCGGAACGACAAAGGGACAGUUUAUGCGAUGCGGGGUGAUGCAAAAUUUCCAAUCAGCGCUGGGCAUGUCAGACUGGACUGAAUACCAAUCGAUCAAUAGCCACGAGUGGCUGGAAUACGAAGCUAUGGAAAGCCCUGGCGUGUACAGGAUAUCUAUCGUUUAAAGUGGUCCGGAGGCAGGCUACUACAAAACAAUGCUCUUGAAUCAGCGACACCGCCACCCCAUUUUCUUCAUCAAGAAUGCUAUCAUCUUCAAACUCCGUUCAAACAACAUUGACUUUGGUCAACACUGCCGCAGACAGGAGUUAGUUUAAAUGAAAGAUGGCAAUGACUCAGCUUGCACCGUGAGGAAUGCUUGGAUGCAUCUUCAUUUGCACUAUGUUUGAAGAUGUGGCAUAUUGGAGAGUCAAAGAGUUGGCAGUAUCCUACCUUCAAUCAUUUUCUAUACUAUGUUUGUACAGCAGUAUACCUAUACACCAUAGCCACUUCAAAAGCCAAACUGAUAUCUCAAUAACCAUUCAACUCAUAUCUUAUACCUUAC